CUUUUUCUUUAAUCCUUGUGUCUGAGCCGUCACUUUACCGUCAGUGUGAUCAGUGUACACAGCUCCGGUAUCUGAGGCAUCAUGUCUGACCCCAGCUCGUUCUGUUCUUCGGAGCAGUUCAUCACCCGGCACAUUAACCUGCACCUCAGAGUGGACUUCUCUGCCCGGGUGAUCUCCGCCUCCAGUGCCCUGACCGUGCGGUGCCUGCAGGACUCCCUCACCAGCCUGACUUUGGACACCAAAGACCUCACAAUCAAGAAAGUUUCUGUAAAUGGACAAGAAACUAAAUUUUCCCUCGGGACGGCUCACAGUUUUAAAGGCACGCCAUUGGAAAUCGCCCUUCCUUCUCCCCUGACUAGAGGACAAGAAGCCAUUUUGGAAAUCUGUUCUGAAACCUCGCCAAAAUCAUCAGCUCUUCAGUGGCUUAAGCCUGAACAGACUGCAGGGAAGACCCACCCUUAUCUCUUCAGCCAGUGCCAGGCCACGCAUUGCAGAACUAUCAUUCCUUGCCAGGAUACUCCAUCAGUGAAAUUCACCUAUUACUGUCAGGUAUCCAUUCCUAAGGAGUUGGUAGCAUUGAUGAGCGCUCUGAAUGAUGGAGAUUUUAUUGACCCCCAUGACUGCAGUAGAAAGAUCUAUCGUUUCAAGCAAAAUGUGCCCAUACCAAGUUAUUUAAUAGCUCUAGUGGUUGGUGCUUUGGAGGGAAGGAAGAUUGGUCCGAGGACCACAGUAUGGACUGAGACAGAGCUGCUGGAAGCUUCUGUCUAUGAAUUUGCUGAGACAGAAAAAAUGCUGAAAUAUGCAGAGUCUCUGGUGGGUCCUUAUGUCUGGGAGAAAUAUGACCUGCUCAUUUUGCCUCCAUCAUUCCCAUACGGUGGAAUGGAGAACCCUUGUCUUACCUUUGUAACUCCGACUGUGCUGGCUGGUGACCGUUCUCUAGCAAGUGUCAUUGCACAUGAAAUUUCACACAGCUGGACAGGAAACUUGGUUACAAACAGAACCUGGGAAAAUUUCUGGUUAAAUGAAGGUCACACAGUAUAUCUAGAGAGAAGAAUUGAUGGACUCCUUUAUGGAGAGCAGUUCCGACAGUUCAAGGCUUUGGGGGGAUGGAAAGAACUUCAGAAUGCAGUUAACACGUUUGGUGCCACGAAUGUUCUCACAAAUCUGGUCCCCAAUCUACAUGAAGUUGAUGUGGAUGCAGCAUUCUCCUCUGUGCCAUAUGAGAAAGGAUUUGCCCUUUUGUUCCACUUGGAGCAACUUCUUGGAGGACCAGAUGUGUUUCUUGGGUUUUUGAAAACGUAUCUCCAGGUUUUUGCCUAUAAGAGUGUUACCACUGAGGAGUGGAAAACCUUCCUGUACUCAUAUUUCCAAGACAAGGUGCACAUUCUUGAUAAAGUUGAUUGGAACGGAUGGAUGAACACGCCUGGCAUGCCACCAGUGCAGCCAAAGUAUGAUAUGACUCUGGCCAAUGCCUGUAUUAAGCUUAGUGACAGAUGGACUCAGGCUAAGGAGAGUGAUUUGAGUUCAUUCGUGGCAGCAGAUUUGAAAGAAUUAUCAUCUCAUCAGCAAAUUGAGUUACUGACUCUCUUGCUGCUUAAGGAUCCAUUGCCUGUGUCUCACGUAAAACGUAUGCAGGAGGUAUACAACUUCAAUGAGGUCAAGAACUCUGAAAUUCUGUUCAGGUGGUUACGACUUUGUAUUCGUUCCAAGUGGGAAGCGGUCAUUCCUUUAGCUUUAAAAAUGGCAACAGAACAGGGUCGGAUGAAGUUUACCCGACCCUUGUAUCGGGACCUGUACAACUUUGACAAAGCUCGGGAUCAAGCAGUCAGCACUUUCCUCAAGAACAGAUCCUCCAUGCAUCCCGUGACUGAAAUGCUGGUGGCCAAAGACUUGCAUGUGAAUUCCUAAUGGAUUUAGCACACAACACUGUUUCUGGGAGUUUUGCUGGAAUUAAACAGUUAAUACGUUUCUGCCUUAAUCUUGGGUUAUACCCACUGACAAGUGGGAUUGGAGUAAAGUCCAAAAAGUAUUUGUAUACUCCCUACUAUAAUAAAUCCUGAUGGUGAUAUUUUUUCGGAAUAUCAAGUUUAUAUAUC